AUGGCUUUCUCACUACCCCUCAUCAGUAUCCUCAUGUCAUGGAUCAGUUACCAGACCAUCAGCGCCCAUCCCUUUGGGAUGUUCCCUGGUCCGGGUCUUGGAGGUAUGUCUGGAAUGGGUGGCGGUAUGCCAGGUAUGUCCGGAGGUUUUCCCAAAAUGGGCGGCGGCUUCCCCAAAAUGGGCGGCGGCUUCCCCAAGAUGGGCGGCGGCUUCCCUGGAAUGGGCAGUGGUUCCUCUGGAAUGGGCGGCAGUGACGGUACGGCCGGAGACACCAGCACUGGCAUUAGUUCAACUUCGGUCAAGACCGAGCUUUCCGAAUCUUGUAAAAAAGCAGCGACUGCUUUGUCGGAGGGCGAAAUCGCAACUUGCGCCAACAUUCCGGCUCUCUUAGCACUUCCUAAAGUCGAGGGAUCCAUCGUCCCUGCCAUCAACACCUGGGUUACAGGUGCUUGUUCAGCUGUACCAUGUACUCAAGAGGCGUUAAAUACCGCUGCCGAAAAGUUCAAAAAAGAGUGUCAAAAAGACAUGGAAGAUGGAUCCGCCCCGGCCAUUGGAAUCUACUCCCACCUUCUGCAUUACAAGGAAGCUAGGAACACGUUUUGUACCCAAAGCAAAAGUGACUCGAAGUUCUGUAUCCCUUCAGUUAUGGCGGCACUUGAAGAGAAAGCCGGUGUCAAAAUCACGAAUGCAGGACUGAAGGCCGCCAUGUCUGGCAAAUAUACCAAAGACUCCAUUGCUUUUAUCCGUGUCCCCAAGGAAACAUAUUGCACGCCUUGCAGUCAUGCCCUUGUCACCCAAGCGGCUAUCAUGGUAGAAGCUAUAAGCAAUGAUCCAAAGAUCAAAUUCAAACACAGCUCCGCUCCACAAAUGGCGAAAGUUAGCCAAAUCUGCGGCGAGUCAUUCGAGGACCGCAAGAUUCCUGAGUCGGUUCAAAUUGCCGCACCGGGGACCGGAAAAGCCGAGGCUGGCGGAGCAAAGGACCAAGCCGACAUGUCGAGCAAACUCCAGGAGACCGAAGCUGCCCCUGAGAAGGCGCCCAAGGAGGCCGGAGCAAAGGGCAAGGCCGACGCAUCCCCCAAACCCGAAGCUGGCCCUGAGAAGAAGCCCAAGGAUUCUGGCCCUCCUGCUGAAAAACCCAUGGACGCAGGCGCCGAUGCUGAGAAACCAAAGGAUGGCCCAACUCCUCCCACCACAACUUAGGGCGCCGCCGAGGGAUCCGAGAAGCCGAAGGACCAAGACUCUGGCAACCAAGGAGCUUAGGAUGUUAAAACAUGCACUGAGCCUAGCUUACAUCUUCUUUCAAUUUUCGACAGCUCA